AUGUCUGAUUACGAGGAAGUUUUUAACGAUGGAGCGGAAAACUUUGAGGACUUUGACGUAGAGCAUUUCUCUGAUGAUGAGAACUUCGGGAAAGCCAACAAUGUGAAUGGUGGCGUGGUAGAUCAAAACGAGGUGAAGGCAGAGAACGGUCACACAGUUAUCACCGGUGGUAACGGAGCUGAUGAGUUUCAAAACUACGAGCAGAGCAGAAGAAAGACACUGAAGGAAAAGGCUAUCCCUAAGGAGCAACGCAUCACCACGCCGUAUAUGACGAAGUACGAGAGGGCGAGAAUCCUGGGGACCAGGGCUUUGCAAAUAUCGAUGAACGCACCUGUGUUUGUGGACCUGGAAGGCGAAACCGAUCCAUUGCGGAUUGCCAUGAAAGAAUUGGCUGAAAAGAAAAUCCCGCUGGUCAUAAGAAGAUAUUUGCCAGAUGGAUCGUUCGAAGAUUGGAGUGUGGAGGAGCUAAUUGUAGAUUUGUAG